UCGUUUGGCGCGCUCACAGUUCAGCGACCGUUUUGUUCUGUGUAUUCGUGAAUUGUCGUUUGUUGGCAUUGGAAGUUGGAAGCGUUCAUUGAAUUGUGAUAAAAAUAUAAUGGCAGGCGGUAAAGCUGGUAAAGAUAGCGGAAAAGCCAAAGCGAAGGCGGUAUCUCGCUCAGCGCGUGCUGGAUUGCAGUUUCCUGUGGGAAGAAUUCACAGACAUCUCAAAAAUAGGACGACAAGUCAUGGUAGAGUUGGAGCAACUGCAGCUGUGUACUCUGCAGCUAUUUUGGAAUACCUUACAGCUGAAGUUUUGGAGUUGGCAGGAAAUGCGAGUAAAGAUUUGAAGGUGAAGAGAAUCACCCCCCGUCACUUGCAGCUAGCCAUCAGAGGAGACGAAGAGCUUGACAGCCUGAUUAAAGCUACCAUUGCCGGAGGUGGGGUCAUCCCUCACAUCCACAAGUCUCUCAUCGGGAAGAAAGGGGCACAUUCACAGCCCGCCUAAAACUUAGCUUUAGCAGUAAAAUAGUUUUAUAUAAGACUUGUACAAUGUGUCGAUGAUGUGUUUUAAUAUUGUUGGGCACAUGUUGACUGUAUGCAAGGCUAUGCAGGUGUUGACUAUUGAGAUCUUUUCUUUUAUUGUCAGAUUUAGCUGUGCCACCAUACCGCAGCAUGGACUUUUGUUUUUUCAAUAAAUUCGACUUAAAUAUUUUUCAUUUUUAAUGUGCCUUGUCAGUUUAAUGAGUUAAAACAAUUUCGUUCUUCUGUAUUUUAGUAUGUAGUUGUUCAAUUUUACGUUAACUGAAUGUAAUUCGUGUUCAUUUCAUAAAAUAAAUAAUUUU